AACUGUCGAAGAAUCAAGUAAAUAAGACCUGGAACCCCAGUUCUGUUGCUGUCUCUGGUGACGUCACGGACCGGCGGUGAGCUCGCAGAGUAGUAGUGAGGGAGACAGAUCGAGGCGUGCGUUAUAGUAAGUACACAGAGCACCGCGCGCCAACCCUGGAGUGCCUACCAUGAACUGUUUUACUGGUUUAUAACUUGUUGGUGCUACUGUAAAGUAAUUUACGGUUUCUUUGUCAUUUUAAGUCACUAACUACAACACGAGAGAAGAAAACAGAAUCACGCUGAUAUAAUAGCGUGCUGUUAUUUAUCACUAUGUCGUCGGCAGCUGCUGUCGCUGCUUCCAGGAGGCAGUCAUGUUAUCUGUGUGACUUGCCCCGCAUGCCGUGGGCUAUGAUCUGGGAUUUUACGGAGCCCGUCUGCAGAGGAUGUGUCAACUACGAAGGGGCGGACCGCAUAGAGGUCGUGAUCGAGACUGCUAGGCAGCUGAAACGAGCCCACGGAUUUCAGGAUGGUCGUUCACCGGGACCGCCUUCAAUGAAGAGCCAGAAGGAGAUGGCGCCCUUAAAUCAUAUGGGGGCAACAGAUGGCGCCUCCAGACCUCCACAGCCUCUUGAUCGAUAUCCUCUAUCAGCUGAGCGACCACCUCGUUUGGGAUCGGAGUUUUCUGCUUCUGGUAGGCAAGCAAAUGGUAUUCCAGGUGUCCCUAACGGCUUCCCCAAACCAGAUGAACCGCCUGAGCUGAACAGACAGAGCCCUAACCCUCGCCGGACCAAUGUUGCGCCCCCUAACUUGGUGCCCCUUCUCAAUGGUGCAGCGCACACCCUUCCUGUUGCUGCUGUAGUGGCAGCUCAUGGUGUUAACAGUCGAACUGGAGCCCCACUCACAACGGUGAGCGAAUUGGGAAGUAAGCGACCGGGCUCAGUGUCCACUACUGACCACGAACCUAAGGACAAACAGCAUCGGGUGGACAGCCUGACCGAAUUAAGCGAGACAGUGAAAAAUCGAAGUGAUGAGUGGAGUGGCAAGCCCAAGACUGUGCGGGACACGCUGCUGGCCCUAAAUAGCAACCACGCAUCUUUUGAUGGGAGAUUCAAGAAGGAACCCAGUUUGCAGCAAGGUCGAGUACUGGGAUACGAACCAAACACAACAGUUUCCAAAACAGGUUCUCGGGGAGUGAGGAAGAGAAAGCCCUCGCCUGAACCAGAAAGUGAGGCAGGACCCGCUAAGCUAAACGGAGAAGGACAGCAGUGGUUGACAGCUUCAGCUGAGGCCCUCAAAAUGACUGCCAUUCCCACACCAGGCUUUGUCACAACACCAGGGCCUGCAGCUUCACCCCAUUCCAACCGCACUACACCACCCGAGCCUUUACCAAACAACCAGCCAACACCUAUGGCAGCUCUCAUUCUCGUGGCAGACAAUGCAGGUGGCAAUCACUCCCCCAAGGAUGUCAACCAAGUUCACUCAACAACUCGGAGGAACAGCAACAGCCCGCAGUCACCCUCAUCUAUGAACCAAAGAAGAAUGGGCCCAAGGGAGGUCCCAUCUCAGUUGGCAGGCGCUGGGACUCCACACACACCCAUGGAGCCUGUGCACCCUCAGAGCAUUCCAGACUCUUCUAUCCCAAACAACAGCCCAUUAUGCUGCACUCUUUGUCAUGAGAGGCUUGAGGACACACACUUUGUACAAUGCCCCUCUGUACCUUCACACAAGUUCUGUUUCCCAUGCUCCAGGGAAAGCAUCAAGCACCAAGGUGGAUCUGGGGAAGUCUAUUGUCCCAGUGGUGAUAAAUGCCCAUUAGUGGGUUCAAAUGUACCUUGGGCAUUCAUGCAGGGUGAAAUUGCAACUAUACUUGCAGGAGAUGUCAAAGUAAAAAAGGAAAGGGACUCUUGACUUGCUUACUGUCUCUUGUACAGUACAAAUAUAUAUAUAUAAAUAUGUAUAUAAACAAGUCUUUGAACACUGUAUAUCUAUAACAUGGAAAGUGUAAAGUUCGUAAACAUGGUUGUAAAAUUCUGAUUUUUUUUGAAUACAUUGUGUUUCUAUAUUUUUUGAAGACAAAGGUAUGUACUUAUAAUGGACUUCAUUCUCUCUUUUUGAUGUUAACUGCAAAUCUUUGUUGUAUUUUUUAGAUCUGGUGACAACUGUUAAACUUAGGCUGUGACCUAAUGCUGCUUUGAGAGCACUUGGCAAAAAUGAUAAAAAAAAAAUUGCUUCUAGCUGUACCUGUAUGCACUUGUUUAAAUUGCCAAAUACAGUUCCUGACAUUGUUAUAAUA